GCCAGAACCAGAACAUCAGCCCGGCGGCAACGCCUCAACCACUAUCACCACUUUUCUUCGUUCCUUUUUUUUAUUUCGUUUCUUUUCAACCGGCAUCUCGACAAUUCACUUCGAUAAGGCAAAUAUUAUAAAGUAAUCCGGAAUUGCAACUCGUCAUCUAAGAUGGGAGCGCUCCUAUCUAUUCCCAUGCUGGCAUUGCCUAGCGCUGGCGCGCUGAUGUCCUUCGCUGCCAGUUGCUGUGGUGCCGCUACGUGCUCCAUGGUCUGUAGCGCCUGCGGGAAGUGUGGCAACAGUGUUGCUACCCGUAUCGCCUACGCUCUCCUCCUCCUCGUUAACUCGAUUCUCUCCUGGAUUAUGCUCACCCCUUGGGCUAUCGAAAAGCUACAACAUUUAAUGUUGGACUACGUUAAGAUCAACUGUCCCAACGGCCAAUGUUAUGGAUGGCUCGCUGUUCACCGAAUCAACUUCGCCCUCGGUCUCUUCCACCUUAUCUUCGCCGGUCUCCUCUUCGGUGUCGCAUCCUCGAAAAACCCACGAGCUGCUCUUCAAAAUGGUUUCUGGGGACCCAAGAUCAUUGCAUGGCUCGCAUUUGUGGUUAUGUCUUUCCUAAUACCUGAUGCGUUCUUCCAGGUCUGGGGUAACUACAUCGCCUUCAUCGGCGCCAUGCUCUUCCUCAUUCUCGGCCUCAUCCUACUCGUCGACCUCGCACACACCUGGGCGGAGUACUGCCUCGAACAGAUCGAAAACACCGACUCUCGGAUAUGGCGGGGCGUGCUCAUCGGAUCCACUCUAAGCAUGUACCUAGGCUCGCUCGCGAUGACCAUAAUCCAGUACUUCUUCUUUGCGCGGAGCGGGUGCUCGAUGAACCAAGCCGCCAUCACAAUCAACCUGAUCUUCUGGCUAGCCAUUUCCUUUGUUUCCGUACAUCCCACAAUCCAGGAAUACAACCCUAAGGCCGGGUUGGCGCAGGCCGCCAUGGUCGCCUUCUACUGCACGUACCUGACCAUGUCAGCCGUCUCGAUGGAACCCGACGACAAACAAUGCAACCCCCUAAUCCGCGCCCAAGGCACACGUACCACAUCCGUCGUCAUCGGCGCCAUCGUCACCAUGCUCACGGUCGCAUACACGACGACCCGAGCCGCGACGCAAAGCCUAGGUCUCGGUAACAACAAAGGCGGCAUCAAGCUCGCCGACGACGACGAGCACGACCUCGUAACGCAACAACCCGGCCGCCGGGAAAUGCGCGCCGAGGUCCUCCGCCGCGCCGUGGAAGAGGGCAGCUUACCCGCCGACGCCCUGCUCUCCGACGACGAGGACGAAGACGACAGCAGCAGCAAGACGCCCGGCGACGACGAGCGCAGCAGCACGCAGUACAACUACUCCGUCUUCCACAUCAUCUUCUUCCUCGCCACAUGCUGGGUCGGCACCCUGCUCACAGGCACGGUCCAGGGCCUCGACCAGUCCCCGACGGACAGCGACUUCGCCACCGUGGGCCGCACGUACUGGGCUAGUUGGGUCAAGAUCGUUAGCGCUUGGUUCUGCUAUAGCAUGUACAUCUGGACGCUGGUCGCGCCGAUCGUAUUGCCUGAGCGAUUUGAUUUUUCGUGAGGGGUUGCAUGUUUUUGGGCGGGUUAAGAGGGGGGAAGAUUGUGCUUUGUAUAGCUAGAUUGGUAGAUGUAUGAGUUAUGGUUACACACUGUCUAUGUAGGUUAGGCCAGAAUGCUGUUGUGUUGGUUGGGGUAAUAAAAUGCCGUUCUUUGCCGGUAUUACUUCGUUCUUGAGCUACGCGUUGACUUUAAAAUGUGACUGUAGAUUUGUAUUUAGAUUGUUCGUUGGAUUGAUGGCUUGGGUGAGGACCUAGGGCUUAUGGUUCGAACAUCCUUGGAGCAAAAAGGGGUAUUUGCUGCCUUCCAAGGUUGUUGUAUGGGUGACUCAACACACUAGAUACCUACUACUGAUAUCGAGAGUGUAAAAGAUCUUUGAAGAUGAUGUUAUUACGGAAGUAUUAUUGUAUUGUCGUUAUAGGUAGGAUGAUAUUAGUCUCCUGAACCCCUAAGAUGGCAUCAUUUCUUUCAAGAUGGGAA